AUGUGCACUUCCGAUACUCAUAUCGAACAAUGUGUCAUUUAUGAUUGGCCUUUGGAUAAUUGGAAGAAGAGAAAUGAUGCUGUGGUAAUUCUAGUACCAAUAGUUUUACAGAAUUUUGAAGAAACAAAGCAUUCCUUAGCGAUAGAACAAAUUAAAGAAAUAAACAAACAACGAAGUCAAACACGUAUUGCCGAAUACAACAGAGACGAUGCGACUAUCGUGUGGAUAUAUGAUGGUGCUACAAUUGAAAAUGAUAAUUUAUCGAUAAUUUGGUCACAACUUCACUUGAUCAGAUAUAAAGUGCGACGUUUUGAUAGUCCAAAAAAUAUUACCACAGCUCUUGAGUUCAUUUUGACCCGACAGUCUGAACGCAUUGUUCUUCUCAUUGAUUUUGUUGCUCUUUAUCCUAUAAUUGAUCAACUUUUUCGUACUCCACGUCUAUCUUUGUCAGUAUUUGUGUACAACUCAACUAGAGAAAUUCCAUUUGUGUCAUACAUUUCACCAGAUAUACAAUCUUGUAUUACUUCACUUGCAAUCGACAUUGAACUCCAAACAAUGUUAAACGUCGAAUUUGUUUUCUAUGAGUCAAAACAAGCAUGGUCCGCUUCCGAUUUAACUGCUUCGUCAGCUCAUUUUCUAUGGCAUUUACUUCUUGUUGAAAUUCUUAGAACAAUACCUGUUGGUAAUCACUACGAAUUCGUAUCCUUAACUCGAUGUUUGUUUUUAACAAAUCCUGCAGCACUUAAUGAAAUCGAUUAUUUUGAAAUGGUCUAUAGCAAAACAAAACCAGAAAUUUGGUUUGAUUCAAAAAAGUCAACAGUGAUUCAAAGAAUCCUACAAAAUGCUUUCAAGCAGGCUGAUAUAGAUACAAUUUAUUUUGCUCGAUCGAUCAUAGUCGACUUGGUUAGAAAAAUUGCAUUAUCAUCUACAUUGAACGAACCGUGUCACAUAUUCGUUGGUACAAUGAUGAAUAAAAAACGAAUCGAGUUUCUACGUAAUCAUCAAGAUGCUCUUCUAACACCAGUUGGUUUUCUCAUUGGAUACACAAAUCAAGAAAGAAUUAUCUCUCGUUUUCGACAAACGAACAAAAAUCUUCUUGAAAAAGUUCUAUUCGAAAUUGAUGUCGACAUUUAUACUCCAAUGUUAGACCUUUCCAACGAUAGUGUUCUCUUCAAUAUUGGUGUUCUAUUUCGUAUUCUAAAUGUAACAUUUGAUCAUUCUUUAGAAGGUUAUCGUUUUCGUCUGGAAACGAUCUCGAACAGUAAUCUUGCCAAAGAACUUAUUGAUGGUGCCAUUGAAUUGAAAGCACAAGUCGGUGAAAAUGUGAAUCGAAAUAUUUUCUUUGGUUCACUUCUCGUUGAUAUGAAUUGUGUUCGAUGGGCAAUGAAUUAUUUUCUCUUCUACGACUAUCAUAAUCCGGACAAUAAAGAAAUUGAGAUUGAUAAGUUGGCGGAACUUGGACGAAUUGCUUUACGUUGUAAUAAAUUAGUGGAUGCUGAAAAGUUUCUUUUGAGUGCAUGCGAUCUACAUAAGAAAAGUCAUGUUACUAUAAAUGAUUCUGUCAUCGGUCGAAUUCGAUUGGAUCUUGUACUAAUCUUGACACAACAGGGUAGAAACAAAGAAGCGAUGGCUCUCUGUCGAGAAACUUUAACAAUUCUAUGUGACUCAGCUCAAAAAUUGUCUCUUACGCUUCUCAAUAUAGGUCAAAGUAGAACGAGUCUUUGUGAUGUUGAUCUCGAACUGACACAUACACCAUUUAUUCAACUAAUUCAAGAAUAUGAGGCAAAAGAUUAUCGCUGUCAACAUUCAGUCCUGAUUGGUGGCAGUGCCAUAGAAGUAGGAGAUAUGUACCGAAAAAAAGGUCUUGUUCAUAUGGCAUCCAACUGUUACUUAUUUGCCAAUUCGAUCAGUAAGUGCAAUCAACCGACAACGCAUCCAAUGGUACUGACUAGUUUGCAUCGUCUUAGCGAAUUGCAAGAUCUCACAUCUGUAGCCGAAGAAAUAGACGAAAGAUUAACGAGCGUUUAUCAAGAGAUUCAGAGCGAGGAUGCCAAUGACGAGGCCAACAAGGUUAUCGCUGAUAUUGGACGACGUUUAGCUCUUCAUUUCAUCAGAAUGAAUGAACAUUCAAGAGCGAUUCGUUGGUUUGAAAUGUGUCUUUCUAUCUAUCGAGGACACUGGCCAUUGAAUGAAAUGCACAUUCACCAAUGCCAAGCAUACAUUUUCAAAGAUUUUGGUUCUAAAAUGCAAAUACCUGUCAAAAUAUCAACAGAAUAUGAUUUAUUGGAAUUAAAUGAUAUUCUUCGUAGUGCCGCAUAUAUGCGUUUGCUGAUGAAACCUCUGCUUCAAGAGAAAGUUGACGAAGAAAAUCGCCAAUGGGGUAAAUAUAACUUUUUCAAAAAAAUCCAUAUUGGAUUAUAA